AUGCAUUACGAAGGCCGUUUGGAUGAUGGCACCGUUUUUGAUUCUUCCUACACUAGAGGUGACCCACUUCAGUUCACUUUAGGUGUUGGUCAAGUCAUCCAAGGUUGGGACCAGGGUCUCACAAACAUGUGCAUUGGUGAAAAGCGUAAGCUUACUAUUCCAUCCCAUCUGGCCUACGGCGACAGAGGCGUGGGCCCUAUUCCCCCCAAAGCCACUCUGAGUAAGUACAUUUGA